ACUUACGAAAUUUUGACACACAAUAAUUGUCGUUAUGACAUCAACGUGCGUUUACAUUCUUUGCCGUUAAAGAAGGAAAGUGCGCAUCCUUACUCGAAUCAAGGUUGUUUACUAAUGUACCAAAUACACGUUUAAACCAUAAACAAAAUUAAUAACCCCGAACUUCUUUAACUUAUAUAAGGCGCGAAAUCGUUCUCCUGUUUGCCAAAAUGUUUCAAGUCGUUUUUAUGGUUUGUUUCUGCCUGAAUUUGGCGUAUACCAUUUCACCAUGCGGCACAUCGUGCCCCACAAACACGUCCGCGUACUACGAACUUGCAGGGUACUACUGGAGAGAUUACUUCGGUGUCGUUCCGUAUGACGCAUUCCCUGGUGGACAGGGAGAGUCCGGACACCAAACGUACAUCGGGCAGGUUUACUCCACCAAUUACGAACUGCUUCCAGGUACCAUCUACAACGGAUGCCACCAGUUGCGCACCUCGGCCCGCGACAAAGAGCUUAUUUUUGAGAAAAACAUGAAGAUUCUUGCAACAGACCAUAGCGCUAAGCUAAAGUGGAUACCCACAAAAAGAGACAGUCAUCAUCUCCUCACCGACUGUCAUCUAGUCGUCGGAGGUGCGGAGGGGGGCGCAACGGUUAACAUCGGUAGGAUUAAUUUUAACGGGCAGACUAUUGUCGGUACUACAUUCCCGGAUAAAGUACCCAACAAUGGAUUGUGGAUACCGGGACGUAACACAUCCUUCGAUAGUUACGAAAUCUUGACGUACAACUGUUAGAAGUUUCAUUAUGUAGAUUAGUAGAUAAAUUAGGAUCCCUAAUGGCAAUUUAACAUAUUAAAUAAUUAAAAUUAAAUAACGCAAUUAGUAAUAUGGAAUUAUGCAAAUCUUAAUUUACGCUACUUGUUCCUACGUGGAAUAGAUCUCUAAUGCUAAGUUUUGCCACAGUGCAAAAUAACAUUAGGUACAGAAUCACUAAAAGCAUGACCCUGGUUAUAGGUUCACUUGCACAUCUCGGAUGUCAGAACAAUGCAUUUCUUUGUAUGCACUGGUUUAAAUUUUUAUUUUUUUUCAAACAUAUAGGUACAGGGUGGCGUAGAGAUUAAAUAAUCAUACAAUAAACCAACGAAAUGUGAAAA